AUGGUAUAUGCUGAAUUGGAAAAUAAAGUGGUGGAAAACACCAAAGGAUUGCAGAUAAACCAGAAUGUGAAAGAUGGAAUUGCAAAUGGAACGGAAAUUGAUGGGCAGCCUAUUGUUAAGUUGCCACCAAAGAGCAUACGCUUGACAAAAGUGGACUUCUCAGCUGAGGAGCGAGCUUUCUAUAGACAGCUAGAAGCUGACUCACGUUCUCAAUUCAAGGCUUAUGCUGCUGCUGGCACGGUAAACCAAAAUUAUGCAAAUAUUCUUUUGAUGCUUUUGCGCCUUCGUCAAGCUUGUGACCACCCACUUCUUGUGAAAGGAUACAAUUCAGACUCUGUUGAGAAAGUUUCUACAGACAUGGCAAAGAGACUUCCCAGAGAUAUGGUGGUUAAUCUGUUGAGUUGCUUGGAAGCUUCCUAUGCAAUCUGUUUUGUAUGUGAUGUAAGUUUCCAAGAAAUGGAUCCUCAUUCCUUGCGGGAUUUUGCUUAUUCUGCAGUCACAUGUAAAUCAAAGAGUCCGAUUUCAGAUAUACAUGAUCCUCCCAAAUUCAAUCAAAUGUCUGCUUCUGAAAGGACAAAUACAGAGAGUCGCCCUUCUGAUGUUAAUGCUGCGAAGCAUUCAACAGAGCAUUCAAACCCAUCAGUUGAUGGGCCGAUAAAAACGAUAGUUUUCUCUCAGUGGACUGGCAUGCUGGACUUAGUUGAGAUGUCAUUGAAUGAAAAUUAUAUAGAGUACAGGAGGCUCGACGGAACAAUGACUCUACCUGCAAGAGACAGGGCUGUCAAAGAUUUCAAUAAUGAUCCCGAGGUUACUGUAAUGCUGAUGUCGCUGAAAGCUGGAAACCUUGGUUUGAACAUGGUUGCUGCUUGUCAUGUUAUCCUCUUGGAUCUCUGGUGGAAUCCGACAACGGAAGAUCAGGCUGUUGACCGAGCACAUAGAAUUGGGCAGACUCGCCCAGUUACUGUAACGCGGAUGACAAUUAAAGAUACUGUAGAAGAUAGAAUAUUAGCUCUUCAGGAAGAGAAAAGGAAAAUGGUUGCAUCUGCUUUUGGUGAAGAUCAAAGUGGGGGCUCAGCAUCUCGACUAACUGUGGAAGAUCUCAGAUAUCUAUUUUUGGGGACUCAGCAGUAACUUGACUAACAUUGGAAGAUAUCAAAUGUUCAUUAUGGACCCAUAUACUGCUCUAUUUUCACCUGUUCUGUUUCAAGUCCCUCACAAAUACUUGAUCACGCUUUGUAUAGGAUGAAAGUCUGGAAGGGCUGGUUGUUAACUUUGAUAAGGAAGAGAUCUGUGGCUGCACUUGUCAUGCCUACCUACUGUGGCUAAACUUGGGCGAUAUGAGUUUGCAUAUUUUGAUGGUAAGUUUUUUGAGGUUUUAAGGACCACGAGGGCAUUUUUGUAUCCAAGUGCAGAGACGGCAACUAGAGCCACCUGUAAAUAUUCUAAUUAUUUUGUGGUAAUAUAUCAAAGAUUAAUUAAUCU